AUGGCAAACCAGGACGACCUACCACCAGACUCCUGGGAUGAGGCGGAAGAAGAAGCCUUGGUUUCUCGAAUGAAGACGGCUGAAAUUGCCAACGACACGAAUGCUUCCGAAGAAAUGCUCAACAAGGUCGGCUCUUUGAUUUACGCUCUGCCCGAUAUUUACGUAUGGUUAUCGAAGGCGUUGCAAAAUCCCAAGGAACGCUCAACCCUGCUCAAGUUGGACGAGCAGUUCGAGCGGUUCUUGUCCAACCCUGAGCUGCAGCAUAUCCGUUUCAAAGGAGUGUCUGAAAAGCACAUCUCCAUGGUGAAAUGCGUUGCGGACUUGUUCCUGCUGAAGACAAGCUCGUCUGGAGAUGGCAGCAUAUGUAUUUCUAAAACCGCUCGCUCAACUGUGCCAGAGAGUAGGUUUGGAGAGCCAAGACACGUUGCAGGCAGACAGAUCAAGCCCAUGGAGGCGAAACCUUCGGAGCAGGAAGUCAAGGUCAUGCGCAGAGACGUAGCGCAGAGACAGGACGACAGGGCAGCGCGACUAGCAGGCAACAGGAAUAUCUUCAAGCUCGAGCACGAAUUUUCAACCAACAAGACACUGCGGAUGAAGUUGCAACACCGCCUGAAGCCAGCUCUUCUCCAACAGCUGCUUAUGCGUCAAGCUCCUCCAAUGAGUAAGCAAGUGUUGACGCCUGUGUUGGCCUCAGGUUUCUCCGCCGGCAGGGGGAAGCGAGAAGGUCCCUUGCCCGACCAGGCUGAGUCGAAGGCGAACCCACAAGCCCCGAGAAUGCCUAAGAAGGCCGUCAUGACCAACAAGCUUGCUGACCUGCAAGACCCGGACUACGAUCGUUCUCGUUACGGACCCAAGCCUCUCAAGUAUCCGAUGUCGCUCAGUGCGGGAGCCCAGGAGUUCUUGCCGGAGCGAGAAUGGGGGAACGAGAGCCCCCAGUUCGGCAUGGGAGAGCUUCCUACUGGAAUUCCGCCUCCUGUUCCUCACCCGUCCAUGGGCUGGCCUGGCCCCUUGAACGGCAUGGGACCCUCGUACCCCAUGUGGAACAUGGGCGGGUGGGGGCUGCAGCCUUCCAUCCCCUCCCACCUCAACUUCCCUGGAGACCUUCCUUUCAGUUCCAACGGCUUCCCUUCGGCUUUCCCCCCGCCCCAGCAGUUGGAUGCCAAGAUGCCCGCCAUGGGCAUGUACUACCAAGGCGGGGCGGAAAGCUUCUCUUCAGGCUCUUACAGCAAUGGACUGCAGCCUAUUGGCUCCAGUGAUGGUUUCAGCGGAUUGGACCCGACUUCAUCCCAAGUAAGAGACUAUGUAGCAAACGGGUCCACCAACAUCGAGAACUCUCAAUCUGAGCCUUACCAUGAUUCCUCCUCUUAUCAAUCUGAUUUUCCCGCUCUUGGCUGA